ACUCAGCUAGUGCGCUACGAUGGAAGUGAACCGGGAUCCGUGUGAGCUCACCCUCCACUCCGGCUCCUCCUCGUUGGCGCCAUCAGAGCCCCCCGGCCUGUUCCUCUGCGUCUACUGCGAUCGCAAGUUCUACAACUCGCAGGCGUUCGGCGGCCACCAGAACGCGCACAAGGAAGAGCGCAGCCUGGCAAGGCGCCGCCUGGACAUCGCCGCCGCCACGCGCGCGCACGCGGCGACGCUAUCGUCUUCGUCGUCCGCGCCUUCGGCAAAGCACGUGUCGCGCGCCGCCGGGUUCUUUCCUGCGGCUAAGAAGGUGGGGGUAGAGACGCAGGCUCGCACCGGUGACGGGAUGGACCUGUCUCUGAAGCUGUGAUCGAUCAGUUAACUGGUCGGUAUAUAUGUAUAUCGUCCGCUGCUUGCUGCGGUAUGUCAGGUUAAGUCUGCUUAAUUUGGUGAUCACAUCACAUGCGAAUAGUGAAGUUGUUUCAUACCUAUGUUAAUUUGAGAUCGAUGUCUUAACAAAUUUGACGCGUGUAUACAUUUCUCAAAUGAACUCGGAAUGUGGCCGGGCUGGAUUUCAUCUGUUU